AUGACGGACCCUCUGCGCGUGACGGUGGAGUGCUGGGAGAACCAGCGGUACCACCCGACGAAGGGGUGGGGCCUCUACCGCCUGCCAGUCGACCGCUGCGCGUGGUCGAGCAAGAAGGGUGACGUCGUGCUGUGCCGCGACAGCUUCCUCACGCCUAUCGGCUGGGUGUGGACCUCCGAUUGGGAGGUGGCGCCGAACGGGACGCAGCCGGAUGGCUGGCUGUACGCGGCGGACUUUACUGUUCCGACGCGCUUCUGCACGGCAACACCGAACUCGUUCAGUUACGUGCGGCGGAGGAGGUGGGUGCGCACGCGUGUGCAGCUCACACCGGACACGACUGGUGGCACUGCGCUGGUCGACGCAUUAUCGUCCUCCGCUAGUUUUCAGGCAGACCCACGCGUGGUGUGGUUAAGCACAUGCUUCUAUGGCUUCUCAGGCGCCACUGUGGAGGAGCAGCGGGAAGACCAGCGCCGACAACACAUCUGCUGCUACAAGUUGCACCGCUGCCUGGACGUUUCCUGCAAUAUCAUGAACCUGGACGUCGAUGAACAUGAGGAGGAAGCGGGAAACGGUUUGAGCGGAUCCUCCUCCUGCCAUCGACAUCCUUCCAUAACACCGGCUGUGCGACACUGCGUCUACCGCUACGGCCUCCCGCAGUGUCUGCGGCCAGCGUUGUGGCUGGAGUGGUCAGGGGCCUCACAACUGCUACGUGAUUCGCCGAGAACGUAUGACGAGCUCCUCGAGCGCGCUGAUCGUGUGCGGGGGCAGCCGCUGCAGGACAUCAUGCAGGAUGUUGUGCGAACGGCGCCUCGUCACCCAUUUUUCUCUAAAAAGGGAGGUGGCGCGGAAGAACUUCGAGGUGUGCUUCUCGCAUUGGAGCUUGCAGCGGUUCUUCCGUCUUAUCAUCAGGCGUUUAGUUACAUCGUGGCCUCCGUGUUACUCAACCUUCCUGCACGAGAGGCCUUUUGGGUAGUGACGGCCGUUUUUUGCGCGUUUGUGCCCGACGGCUACCACGCCGAGUACCGCUUGCAGAAUGACCUCACGAUCUUCCACGAGAUCCUCGCGCAGAAGUUCCCCGACGUCAACGAGCAUUUUGUGUCGAAGCGAAUUGAUGUGUCUGUGUUUGCCAGCGGCUGGCUGCAGGCGCUCUUCUGUGCCCACUUUCCUUUCUCCACUGCUGCCCGUAUUUUGGAUAUCCUCUUCGUUGAUGGUGAUAGCAGUGUGCUGGUGCGCUUUCUCAUCGCGUUCAUUGGAAAGUUCCGCACCGCGAUGCUGACGAUGGACAGCAGCGGCUCGCUGGGCCACUUCGCCAACGAGUGGGCACACAACUGCUUUUGCGUGGACGAUGUGGUGCACGCCAUGGAGAAGGAUGGGCUCGCCCCGGUUGUUCUCGCCCUCCGUGCGAAACUUGGCGGCUAA